CACCCCGUAAAAGAUCAUCAUCCUUGGGGGCUCAACUUAAAUGCCACUUCCCCAUCUCCCCACGUUCAUCAUCCUGUCUGUGGUAUUGCUGUGCACCUGUCCAGAAGCUCUUACUACACUUGUCUCGCCCCUGCUGUGGUUCUCUGCUUAAGUUCCUGCCUUCCUCAAUGGACUAUGAAAUAAUGCAGAGCAGUGAUUAGGUCUUAUUCCUUAUAUCCUAGAGCAAUGUCCUUAAUGAAUGAAUACAAUGAGCACAGUGGAACCCUGGCACAGUGAUUUCAAAGCAAUGGCUACACAACUGAAUCACCCAACACAACUGAGUCCUCCAACACGGACUUUCAAAAAGACUGGUAUCCAGUCUUUCCACCUCUGGCUGCCAUAGUGAAAGGAGCUGCCGCCAUGUCUGCCCGCCUACAAUGGGUGGUCGUGCAGAACUGCUCCAGCUUCCUGAUCAAGAGGAAGAAGCAGGUGUACAUCACAGAGUCCAAUAAGCUGAAGGCUCACAACUCCGUCUGCUACAAGGGGCUGAUGCACCGCCAGACUGUGGGCAUGAAGCCGGCAGCCAAGGGCAAAAGGGUAGUAGUGGUGGUCAUGAAGCGGAAAUCUGGCCAGUGAAAACCUGCCACAUCCUACGUGUGGACCACCGUCAACAAGAAUGCCUGGUUCCCCCUCAGCAACAUCAGGUACAUGAUCCGCAAGAACAAGUUCCGCUCAGAUCUGCGCAUGGCUGCCAUUGGCAGAGUCAGCGCCAACCCCUGCAGCCACAAGCCCAUGAUAGUAAAGAGAAAUC